AUAGAGUGUCCAGUCUUCUAGUCUGAAACCGGAGAACAGUCAUGGGAAAAGGUGGUGGUACUUUUGAGAGGCUACUGGACAAAGCCACCAGUCAGCUGCUCUUGGAAACGGACUGGGAGUCCAUUUUGCAAAUCUGUGACCUUAUUCGCCAAGGUGACACGCAGGCAAAAUAUGCAAUUGGUGCAAUCAAGAAGAAGCUUAAUGACAAAAACCCACAUGUGGCCCUCUACGCCCUUGAGGUUCUAGAAUCUGUUGUGAAGAACUGCGGUCAGACUGUCCAUGAUGAAGUGGCCAGUAAGCAGACUAUGGAAGAGCUGAAAGACCUGCUGAAGAAGCAGACAGAACCGAACGUCCGAAACAAGAUCCUGUAUCUGAUCCAGGCUUGGGCCCACGCCUUCCGCAACGAGCCCAAGUACAAGGUGGUCCAAGACACCUACCAGAUCAUGAAGGUGGAAGGCCAUGUUUUCCCUGAGUUUAAGGAGAGCGAUGCCAUGUUUGCAGCUGAGAGAGCUCCAGACUGGGUCGACGCAGAAGAAUGCCACAGAUGUAGGGUUCAGUUUGGUGUUAUGACCCGAAAGCACCAUUGCAGAGCAUGUGGACAAAUAUUCUGUGGGAAAUGCUCAUCUAAGUACUCCACCAUCCCCAAGUUUGGCAUCGAAAAGGAAGUCCGCGUCUGUGAGCCUUGCUUUGAGCUCCUCAACAAGAAAGCGGAAGGGAAAGCAGCCAGCUCCGGACAGGCCGAGCUCCCCCCAGAAUACCUGACGAGCCCUCUUUCCCAGCAGUCUCAGAUGCCACCAAAGAGGGAUGAGGCAGCGUUGCAGGAGGAAGAAGAGCUGCAACUGGCCAUCGCCCUGUCUCAGAGUGAGGCAGAGGAAAAGGAGAGAAUGAGGCAGAAGAACUCAUAUGCAGUUUACCCCAAAACGGACCCCACCCCUGUGACGUCUUCUGCUCCUCCUGUCAGCACGCUUUACUCUUCCCCUGUGAACUCAUCUGCUCCUUCAGCUGAAGAUGUUGACCCAGAGCUGGCACGCUACCUGAACAGAACUUACUGGGAGAAGAAACAGGAAGAAGCACGCAAAAGUCCCACCCCCUCUGCCCCAGCUCCUGUGCCAUUGGCUGAGCCUUUGCCAGUCAGCCAGCCUGUGGAAAGCCAUGCCCCAGUUCAGCCUGUGAACAUAGUGGAGCAGCAAUAUCAGAAUGGCGAGUCUGAGGAAAACCAUGAGCAGUUUUUGAAGGCGCUGCAGAACGCUGUUACCACCUUCCUGAACCGCAUGAAGAGUAACCACAUGCGCGGGCGCAGCAUCACCAAUGACAGCGCCGUGCUGUCGCUCUUCCAGUCCAUCAAUAACAUGCACCCACAGCUGCUGGACAUGCUCAACCAACUGGAUGAGAAGAGACUGUACUAUGAGGGUCUCCAGGAUAAGCUGGCACAGGUUCGAGAUGCCCGGGCGGCACUGAACGCUCUGAGGGACGAACACAGAGAGAAGCUGCGACGUGCGGCAGAGGAGGCCGAGAGACAGAGGCAGAUCCAGCUGGCCCAGAAACUAGAGAUCAUGAGACAGAAGAAACAAGAGUACCUGGAGAUGCAGCGACAGCUGGCCAUUCAGCGUUUGCAGGAGCAGGAGAAGGAGAGACAGAUGCGUCUGGAGCAGCAGAAACACACCAUUCAAAUGAGGGCCCAGAUGCCUGCUUUCUCCCUGCCUUACGCGCAGAUGCAGUCACUGCCCCCUAAUGUGGCUGGAGGAGUGGUCUACCAACCUGCUGGUCCCCCCAGUUACCCAGGCACCUUCAGCCCGGCUGGUUCAGUGGAGGGUUCUCCAAUGCAUUCAGUGUACAUGAACCAGACUGGGCAAACCGGCGCCGGUCCGUACCAGGCCAUGCCCGUCUCAGCCACAGAUCCCAAUAUGGUGAAUGCCUACAUGUACCAGACAGCAGGUACCAGUGGGCAGCCGGCCCCUCCUGGUCAGGCCCCACCCACCACAAGCCCCGCCUACUCCAAUUACCAGCCCACCCCUACACAGGGCUAUCAGAACGUGGCAUCUCAAGCCCAGAGCAUGCCUCCAAUGUCACAGGCUCCUCCCACCAAUGGCAUGGCCUAUAUGGGCUAUCAGCCAUACAACAUGCAGAACAUGAUGACAGCGCUUCCAGGACAGGACCCAAACAUGCCCCCCCAGCAGCCUUACAUGCCUGGACAGCAGUCUAUGUAUCAGCAGAUGGCUCCCCCUGGUGGUCCUCAACAGCAAGCGCAACAAGGUCCCCCUGGCAGUGCAGAGGCCCAGCUCAUCUCCUUUGACUGACAGGCAUGCCCUGUGCCCCUGUCCCACAGGGUCCAGCACACUACAAUAUCCUCACCCUUCCCUUUUUCUCAAUUAGGCCUCACCCAGUGAGCACACACUACUCUCAUAACAUUCCUGUGACUUCAGAUGUGUCUGUAAGAUCUAAACAUUGCAGAAACGUUACAGAAGUGUUUUGAGAGUGUUGUGCUGCUACGGCCCACUCCCCUCUUCCUUACACACUCUUGAUAACUGAGGGAGGGGGUGAGACAGGCUGCAAGCGGAGGGUGUUACCCUACUAUCUACCACCCCCCGACCCCACCCCCCACCCCACUUCAAUCUUGGUCUACUCUCCUGUAUGUGGUGUUUCCUUAUGAAAAAUAAUUGCUAAAGCUCAGUUAUUCAGUGGUAAUUCUAGAAGUAAAUGAGUAAGCAAACGUGAUAUGAAUCAACAAGACAAGACGUAAACCAUCCUUUUGUCUCAUAUUUUUCUAAAGUCAAGUUGCAUGUCUUGAAAGCUUUUUGUUUGUUUGUUUGUUUUUGUUUGUUUUAUUAUGUUUUUUGUUUUUUUUCCUCCCUGAGGCGGUGUGCUGGUUGACUGAUAAUGUUUUAUCUAGUUUGAAAGAGUGUUUAGACACAGAGAGAGAGAGAGAGGGCUCCAAUAUACGACUGAGGAAGUGCUAGCAAUGGCAUUAUUCAUAAACUUAUAUUCACCAGCCUGUCAGACUUCUCAACACUCGCAGGUUUUGACAUUCCAGUACAGUUUCUCAUCCCCACUGACUAAAAAUCACUGUACAUAAACUCUAAUAAUACCUGAAAUGAACUUAACAGCCCAUUGUGGUAGGAUGCUCGUGUUGCACUCUUGAACUUACAUUUGGUUUCAGUGAAGGAGUCAGACCUUUUUGGCUUUUUUGGUAUAGCAAGUCCUUAGAGAUACACCAGGCAGCACCUGCAGUCUAGCCGUCUUGCAUACUUCGGCGAUCUAUUAAAAAUCAAACACGUGUGUGUGUGUGUGUGUGUGUGCGCGCGCGUGUGUCUAAAUGCUGCAUGGAUGUUGUUUUUGCACAAUCCUCCUGCUCUGAGGCAUCACGGCUGUUUGUUUGUUUUUUUCCCAUCACCACGUGAUUCUUUACAUAAGCGUGGCCUGACCUCACAUUCCUGGAACCAGUAUCUGAUUAGUGCUUAAAAAAAUGGAUCUCAGACUACAAUACCAAUUAAUUGCAGUUGUUUGCGAGUCACAAGAUCAAUACCGGCCGACAAACAGAAAACCUCAUCUGUCUGGGCUUGUUUUGUGUGGUGACUGUGCUGUGGCUUGGAGGGAGGAGGGGGGGGGAUUUGGAAGGUGAUGAAUAAGGAUGGGGUCUUCACUCUGUAGUUCCUAGUUCUCUGUAUCGGUGAGUCCGUCGUGGCCGGAGAGAUAGAGGUGACAUUUCUUCAGGACGGAAAUGAAUUCUCUGCAUGUGUGUAACGUACACCAACAGGUGACUUCUGUAACCCCUUUAAUGCCAUCAGUGAACAUCUACGUUCCAUCAUUCUGAUCUGUCUGACUU